AUGAUCGCCCCACAGUGCCGCACUCUAUCCUUAAUAUCGGCGUUUGCCUUACUAACGACCACCGAAACUGCAACCGCAGAGACAACAGCUGAAGCUGAUGUACCUAUUUUGCACAGGAAGACGCACACGCCGUCAAAAUCGGAAAAUAUUCGCAAUUCGAUCGAGGAUCGAGUCUUUCUUACUCCAGUUUUGGCCGGAGCAGCGGAACAUAGCAUGACUUCUCACGCAGAUUCGCGAUUUACCAAUGAAAAUAUUGAUCAGUUACGUCAGAUGAAGUUUCUUGAUUCCACAGAUGUUAUUCAUGAAAAUGAUGAUGACGCGAUUGAAUCGCUGAUUGCACAAGCUGAAAACGUGGAUGAUCUGUUUCGUUCUAAACAUGUGCUAGCUUGGUUUGGAAACAAGUCACCAGAAAAUCAGAAACUCGCGAUCAAUCGUCUGCUAAACAAGUUGAAGAAUCAUAAACGAACCCAACAAAGGCUAAACGAAAUUUUUGCGACUGGAAAGACGGGUGAAAGCUUAUCUCAUUAUCUAUCUAUCGCUGUGGAAAGGAAGUGGUGGGCGAGCCUCUCGGCGCAAGAGAUAAAGAACGCUCUCAGAUUUUCAAUCGAGACUGAAAACAAUGAAGAGUUUGUCAGAUUUGUGGGUGAGGUAUUUUGGAUGAAAUUUGAGUACUCAGGAGAAGAGGAUUUCAAAAAAGUGAUGUUGACCUUGAUGCGAAAUCGGUCAGACAAUGAAUUUAUGUGGGCUGGUAUUUCUUAUAAAGUGAUGCAAGAUAAAGAUUGGGAUUGGGGUAUCUCCCUUUCCGGUGUGUUUGACGAUCUUUUACUGACAUACGACAAAGCUGCGGGUGAUUACACGCCCAGCCAGGCUGUGGAGUUUCUGGCGAAGCACGAAAGCACUGUUGCUAUCAAGUUUGGCAUGACCUCCAUUGAGACCGAGAACGAUAAAAUUGAGUAUCUAUUGAACGAACUACUUACUAUCUCGCAAAGUGAACUCAUGUGGGCGAAAGUGUUGGUUUUGUUGCAUGACGAAGAAAACACCUCUGAAUCCUCUGGUGUGUUGAGAUAUCUCAUUGAAUCAUGGAUGAAAAAGUUCAGCGAUAUAGGUGUAAACGCCAACAAAAUAGGCUUUAGCCCCAGCUACGUAAUGUUGACGAACGAAGGCUUUAUUAAAUUUUGCUUGUUCGCUCAGUUCAUGCACAACGAUUUCGACGAAUAUCUUUUGAGGAUACUGCUACAGCUUUCGAAUGGUGGCACAAUAUCGACUCAUGCUCUUUAUACAGUGCAAAAAGACGCUACAGUGUACACUGGUAUGCACGAUACUCUUCUCCACUAUUGGAAUCAAAAGCAAUACGAUACGACCGCUGCUGCAAAAGACAAUCACAUUUUCGUCGUCGCUUUGAACGAUGUCAUAGAGCGUGCCCUCGCUCACUCUUUCAGCCCGACAAGUAUAGAAGCGGAAGCGACAGUAACAAAACUGCUUGAGUAUUCGAAAAAUGAAGCCAUGUGGGCUAGAUUUCUGGACAAGCUUCAAGAAUACACAACUAUACGUGGUUUUGUUCCCAAAGUGUUUGACGUUCUUAUUGGAAAACACAAUACAGAAGCUACAGCAGACGAGUCCACACCAAGUGAAUGUUUCGUGUUUCUUAAGAGUGAUGAUUUCGAAAAAUUGUUCUUUGAAGUAGAAGCACAAUCAAAUGGGAAUGUGUAUGGCAAGAUGCUGGCUUGA